AUGCACACAUUAUUUGGUGAGCAAAACGCGUACUACCGUCACGCGACGGGAGUCCCAGUGGGUAUGGGAACCCCCUCAUACCCAGGAGUUGGUGCAGCACCGGGUUACUACGAGCAAUAUCGUUACGGUGGUUAUGCCACAGCAGCUGGCUACCCAGUGCCCGGAAUGGGUCAACACAACAUGCAUCACCCUGGUAAAGACAUGGUGAAGCCACCCUACUCCUACAUAGCCCUGAUAGCAAUGGCCAUUCAAAAUGCCCCAGACAAGAAGAUCACUCUAAACGGAAUCUACCAAUUCAUAAUGGAAAGGUUUCCCUACUACCGGGAGAACAAGCAGGGCUGGCAGAAUUCAAUAAGACACAAUCUCAGCUUGAACGAGUGUUUCGUUAAAGUGCCGAGGGACGACAAGAAGCCAGGUAAAGGUAGUUACUGGUCCCUCGACCCAGACAGUUACAACAUGUUCGAUAAUGGCUCUUAUUUGCGGAGGAGAAGACGAUUUAAGAAGAAGGAUGCUCUCAAAGAGAAGGAAGAAGCGCUAAAACGUCAAGGUAUUGUCACGGAAAAGAGAGAGGAUGCAAAAGCGUCGGCAACACUACAGACGGAUUCGGCGAAGAAGCUCGGGGUUCAUGAGUGUAAACAGCCGAAAAGAGAGCCCUUGAAUGACCAGAACCAUUGUAUGGCAAAUUCCGUGGGUAAAUACGCGAUUCAGGAGGCUAAGACAGCUACAACAACUGCCAGUGUAAUUCAGACAAACUUGGGACACCAAGCGACGGCACAUCAGGUGCAGCAUCAACCGCAUCAAGUACAUCAGGAUGUAUCGAUGACGGAUGUUAAUUUGGGAUUAGAUCCAGCUGCAUUCAGUGUUGAUGCACUUAUGACGACGAGUAGAGAUCAUCAUUCUCAUGGCAUUCAGCAUCAUACUACUCAUUCCCAUGGCUCAGUUAUGGCUGCCACAACUGCCGUUACGACGACGAGCAGCACGACCGCUGCUGUCGCCGCAAUGAUGGCAUCCACUGGUUAUGGACAUGUCACACCUUCCAGGGGGAAUUCAACACCUCCUGGCAGCAUGUAUUCACCUUAUUGUCCGAGCUCAGCUACUGGGUACAUCAUGGAACAUGCGGAUUACAAUGCGGCGAGUAGGAAUCAUAGUGGCGCACAUUCUCAGUGGUAUCAGGAGGCCGCCAGUCCUGAUAAUCCGGGGAUUUAUCAGGACACUCAGUCACCGAGUUGUCAAUUGUACAGGUCAAGUCCACCAACUCCCCUGUCCUCCGGUGCCGCCCCAUCGCCACCCCUCUAUCACAGAUACUACCAGGACUGCAAUGCAAUCAGCACCAGUGGCAAUCUACCGAUAACGCUUCACAAAUACUGA